AUGUUUGAACCAUCUGAAAUGCCUUCAUCAUCAAUAUGGGCAUCAAUGAACAGCUGGUUCACACCUGCUGUCUUCUUUGUGCUUCUCAAUGUCAUGAUAGGCACAAUUGCCUUCACCUCCACAAUUGCCAACAAGAAGCAAAACCAACCAACAAAUCAAAACCGGCAUCAAAAUGGAGAAACACACAAUCAACACAAACCCUCAGUCUUGCAGCGCCUCAAAUCCACUAAUUUCUACCCUUAUUUCAACAGAUCUCAACAAGAUCCUCACAACUUGUCUGUUUACAAACAAAAUCCGGAGUCUUUCAAUCAUGAACAAUCUCAUGAGAAUAUUGAACUUGAGACCCAUUACUUUUUCCAAGAAAAUCUUCAGGUAUCAUCACAGUCCCAAGCCACAAAUUACAUUUUCGAACAAACCCACGACCAGAAUCAUCAAGAAUCACAAACCCAUUUCACCUUCGAGCAAAAUGAUCCGAAUUUGGGCGGUUCAAAGCAGACCCAUAUAGGUUUCGAGCAAAAAGAUCCGAACUUGGACGGUUUCAAGCAGGCCCAAGAGGAGAAAAUCGAAGACAGCUCAGCAGUCGAGCAGAGCAUGGACGAGGUUUACAGUCAGCUCGCCGGCAGCCAUUUCAUCAGGACCAAAUCGGACACGGAGCCGACCUCCGGGGAGAUUCCGAUAAAGCUCCCGGCCAGGAUUAGGAAAUCUGCGAGCUUGAAAUCGGCGUUCUGGCAUUUCGAGGAGGAGAAGAUCGUGGAGGCGCGGCGGCCGGCGACAGUGAGGGAACGGGCGGCGGCGGAGGGCGAUGCUGAGGUGGACGCGAGAGCCGACGAUUUCAUCAAUAAGUUUAAGCAGCAGCUAAAGCUUCAGAGGCUGGAUUCGAUUAUCAGGUACAAGGAUGUGAUUGGGAAGGGGAGUACGGGGAGGUGA